AUGUUGUUCAAGUACUUGAUGGCCACCGUGGCUCUUGCAGCCUUUGCGAUGAGCUCGCCGACGGAGCCUACUGCGACAGUUGCGAAACCAGCGGACACACUGAGCAAAUGCCAGACGACGAUCACCGAAGUCAAGGAGCCAGUAGUCGUUUCUUGCAAUGAAGGCAAGGUCGAGAAAGUGAAGUCUCACUUGAUCAAGGUCCAAAAACCCGUCCAGGCGCUUUCGAUCAGCAUCAUCUUUUCUUCUACCCUUACCAUCCAAAAGGAGGUCGUCACUAAGUACUCUCACGAGUUCAUCAAGGUGCUCAUCAAAUUCCAAGCCAUCUUGAAGGUUAUCUACUACCACCCCAAGAUCUCAGCCGGCUGUACUGAGGUCUAUGCUAAACUUGACGCCCAUUUCGACAGCAUUUGCACCGUCUUUUUCAAAAAGCAUGGGGUGGAGAUUUACAAGAUGAUCCACGAGGAGGUCAGUCUCAACGUAACCGUUUGGGAGAAGUCCGGCUUCAAGUUCCAGUCCAAGGGCAACUACUCCACCAUCAGCCAAUAG